AAUAUCGAUACUAUUACUCGUACUGAAAGUAUCAUCGCAACACUAAUGUAAUUGUAAAUCUCCAUUCAAAAUUAUAGUUGAAUUUAGAAGCCACAAAAUAUGAAGCUUCGACCAAGUGUACUACAAGUUGGUGACUCAAAUUCUAAUUCAUCAGUUACUAAUCAAGAUAAUAAUCAAAAAAUUGGCGAAAAAGUGCAAGCUGAUAAUAAUGUAUUCAAGUUUGCUCCUUUGUUAAAACCUUCUUUAGGUACCUCCAAUGGAGGGCAAUCAAGUAAUCAAGAGGUUAAAAGUAUCUCAGGAUCGAGCACAUCUACAUUUAACAGUGAAACUCAAGACACUGGCUUUUUGUUUGGACAAAAUUUAGAAGAAAGGGUUCUUCUACCUAAUAAAGAUACUUCAACCUCAAAAGAUGACGAAAAUAGUAAAGAUGAAAAUGAAAUGUCUUCACUGAAUACAUGUAAUCCAACAACUCAAAUACUUCCGGAGAAACGAAAAUAUGAAGUCAUCACAGGAGAAGAAGAUGAGUCAAAUGUUUUGCAAAUAUUUUGUAAAUUAUAUUUAUGGGAUUCGGCGACGGCAUUUUGGAAAGAGAAAGGAAAAGGGAUGCUCCGAUUGAACGACAAAAUGAAGGAUGACAAGCUUUGUUCUCGAUUAGUUAUGCGAACCGCUGGAUCACUAAAAGUAAUCCUAAACGCAUCGAUCGUUUCUGGGAUGAAAUUCGAAUUGUCUAACGAGAAAUGCUUAAGAUUUACGUGUAUUGAUGGAAUCUAUUUAUUUAAGGGAAAAGAAAAAGAUAUUGAACAAUUAAAUUCAGCUAUUGAAUGUAGAUUAAGAGAAUUAUCCAAAAAAGUCAAAGUGGAAACUGAUGGAACCCCGACCGAAACUACUAUUAAUGAAUCAUCUGAUGGUACUACUGAUAAAACUUCUGAAGAUUCAACCGAGGAUUCGAAAGAGGAAAUUCGACAAUUAGAUGUGGAAGAAUCUGAUUUACAUAAGGAAACAAUCAAGGAUGAAAUUCAAGAGAUUAGAGAGAAUGACUUAGGAAAUAAACUGGAAACUGAUGGAGACGUCCAAACUCAACAGAAAACAGAUAAUAAUUCAGAAGAAACUUCUUCUGGACUAGAUCAAGAUUAAACCCGAACUAGGAGAUUAUAUACAUUUGAAACAGAUGUGAAAAAUACUAUUUACCAAAAAAAGAUUGAAAAAACAGACUUUAAUUUGUAAUAUUUGCUUUUGUGAGUUAAAUUCUUCUCAUUCACCUCUUCCUUCUCUAAUUCCACGGCUCUGUUUCUCACUCAUCAAUUAAUGAGCUGCCAUCGCCAACAUAUGAAAUAAAAUUUAUUUGAUUUUGACUGGAAUAGUUGGCCAAAAUUGAGGCUUGUGAGUAUCAUAAUAAACAUUAAAAUCACUCUGAA